AUGCUGUUUCCCGAGGAGGACUCGCCAGUGCUGAAGGACUGGAUCGUCAAGCGUCUCGAGAAUACCUCGGAUGCCGAUGCUGAUGUUCUCGCCGAUUAUGUCCUUGCCCUCUUGCACAACGCGAACGACGGUGCGAAUAUCCAGGAAGUCUUCGAGGAAGAGAUCACCCCCUUUCUCAAGGAAGAUACGAAGUUGUUCGCAAACGACCUGAUCGAGACAAUCAAAUACAAGUCCUACAUCCCCGGCGCACCUCCUCCCCCUCCCAAGUCGCAACCAGCUCUUACCUCCGCCACCGCCACUCCUCAACCCUCUCUUGGGCUUACGCCGCCCGGCCAGUCGCCCUUCCCGACCGGUCCAGCAGCUGGCUCGCGUAAGCGUGGCUUCCAGGACCGUGGCGACUUGGAUGCGCCAAAUGGACGAGACCAGUUCCAGGGAGGCAGCCGCCCGAUCAAACAGCCACGCCGCGGUGGGCGCAGGGGCUACGUCGACCCGGACAGGCCCCGGCCGGUACAACAACCGCAGUAUGGGUACCCCGGCGCGCCAGGACAGAAUGCGCCGCCGCCCUUCCUCCAGCAGCUCCAGCAGCAGCUCCAGAUGCAGAUGGCUCCCUUUUCGGACUACGGCCAGCAGCAGCAGGGCUUCUCGGCACAGAGGCCAGGACCGCAGAAGAGGAGAGGACGGUGUCGCGACUACGACACAAAGGGCUACUGCGCGAGGGGUCAGAACUGCUUGUAUGAGCACAGCAACGGCAGCGAGGCCAUGUAUACUCUGCCCACACCGCAGAAAUCAGGGCAGAUACAGCUUCCCAAAGAAGAACAUGAUCCAAACAACAACUCUAUGAUGAUGUUACCUCCGCAGUUGCCCAACAUUCCCUCGGCCCAGCAGAACAAAAACUUCACUCCUCAGCGCAAAGACAACCGCCGUGGUCAGCAGCAGCGCAAUAACGGUGUACCACGCGCCCCAUUCUCAGUGGUCGGUCCUGUCCAAGACAGGACCAAGACAAAGGUGGUGGUUGAGAGCAUACCUGAGGAGAAUUUUGACGAGGCCCAGGUCCGCGAAUUCUUUUCGCAGUUUGGAAACAUCGAGGAGGUCACAAUGAUGCCUUACAAGCGACUCGCUACCGUCAAGUUUGAGAAAUGGGACUCGGCCAAUGCGGCAUACAAAUCCCCCAAGGCCAUCUUCGGCAACCGAUUCGUCAAGGUGUUCUGGUACAAAGACGACAAGCUCGCUGGGAACGGGAAGGCUGGCGCGAACGGGAUGGAGAACGGCACAGCGGCGACAGAGGGAGGAGCUGGCGCAUCAGCAGGCGAUGACCAGGAGGAAGGGUUUGACAUGGAAGAGUUCACGCGGAAACAGGAAGAGGCGCAGAAGAUCCACGAGGAGAAGCAGCGCCAGAAGCUGGAGCUCGACAAGCAGCGUGCAGAACUCGAAAAGAAACAGAAGGAGUUGCAGGCGAAGCAAAUGGCAGAGAAGCAACGCCUCCUGGCCAAGCUAGGUGGUGCACAGAAGGACUCGCCGGCUUCAGCAGCAGCCGUUGUCAAAGAUGAAGGCACCGAGGGCUUGAAGCCAUCUUCUACGCAGACCGAGGCCCUCCGAGCAACACUGGCGAAACUGCAGGAGGAGGCCAAGGUGUUCGGUCUGGACCCUGAUGCGCAGCUGGAGGACGAUGCUUCGGUGUCGACGUAUGCAGGAUAUGCCCCUCAUGGCAGAGGCGGUUUCUACAAGGGUCGCGCGAGCUACACGCCGCGGGCAUCAUACAGAGGUGGUCGUGGUGGCAGGGGCAAUCUCCACGCGGCCUAUGCAGCAUUCUCACUGGAUAACCGGCCCAAAAAGGUUGCGCUGGCUGGUGUAGAUCUCUCAGUGCCUGAAAAGGAUGAGGCGCUGAGACAACACCUCUUCAGCCUUGGGGAGUUCGCCGCCGAAAUCCAAGUCACCCCAGCAGUAACACACAUCAGCUUCAACGAUCGCAAGGCCGCGGAAAAUUUCUACCACAGCGUCAAUACCAAGGCCGUGCCCGGCCUGUCCGAGGGCGAAGGCGAAGAGGUCCAGGUCUCUUGGGUUUCCAACACUGCUGGGCCCUUACCCGGCAGCUCCACCCACAAGGUCGACUUCUCCUCUUCUUCCUCUGCCGCGGCUGCCAAUGGUGCCGCCUCGGCUGACGACGGCCUCGACGCGACCGCGACGGACCCCAGUGCCGGCGCCACUGCUCACCAGGGAGGUAGCGGCGGCCAGGCCCAGCAGGAGGCUGUGGGCGCCGAGAUGGACUACGAUGUUGCGGGCGAGAACGAGUGGGAUGUCGAGUAG